GGAGGGGAGGGAAGAGGAGGGGAAGGGAGGGGAAGAGAUUAAUUGUACAACGAGGGCGGUGUGGUGGCAGGAGGUAUGCUUCUGAUCUGGAAGUGAAUUUUACGUGCUCUUGUGCCUAGGUAACUCAUAAACGGUCAAUCGUGAAAACAUGUGAUUAACGUUAUUGGAACACAGAAAGUGUUCGUUCCAUUUAGUUGUUUAUAUUCUUAUUGUUUUUGUUGAUUGAAUGAGACUGAACAGGAGUUUUAAAAUGAUAUUUAAAACUAGAAUUCUUUAAAUAAAAAAAACAACUUUAUUUAGACAGAGAAAAAUAACGUACAAGAAGGUCCUUCUGCGUAAUUCUGAAACAAUGCUCCCAGCUGGCUUUGUCCCCCAGAAUGUCUGGAGAUAUUUCUGGUUGUCCCAGUGAGGCCUGGGGGUGUACCUGGCACCUAGUGGGUAGAGACCAGGGAUUCUACUGAACUUACUACAAUGCACAGGACAGCCCCUAACAACAUAGAAUUAUCCAGUCCAAAGUGUCAAUAGUGCUAAAGUUGAGAAACCCUGUUGUAAACAGUUGUCUCGUUGUAGGCAUGUUCUUCCAGGUUGAAGUUUGGCAUUUAUUAAGCAGAUAACUUAUUUUUAUCCCUCAUGCAUUAAAAGAUUGAUAAAUAAGAACAAGUACAGACACUGAAAUAACUCUUAAAAAAAUCAAACCAAGCCCAUUGCCAUAGAGUUGAUUCCAACCCACAGUGACCAUAUAGGACAGAGUAGAACUGCCCUACAGGAUUUCCAAGGAGUGGCUGGUGGAUUCAAACUGCCGACGUUUUGAUUAGCAGCUGAGCUCUUAACCAUUGUACCACCAGGGCUCUGAAAUGACUCUGGAUCCUACAGUUCCCAUACACCUAAAACCUUAUGAGCUUUGAGAGGUACCUGUGUCAUCAUUUAUUUGUUCAGUGGACUGGUAGACAUUUGCAGAGCACCUGCUCUGUUCCAGGCCUGGUGUUAAGCUCUAGCAAUAUGGAGAUGAACAAGACACAGCAACCACACCGAAGGGCUCAAGUCUAAAAUGGACAUGUAAAUAGAUAACCCAGUCACCUUUGGUGGGUGCUAUGGGAGAGGUGUACACCAGGGCCCAUGGCCAGUUCAUUCAGAUGUAUGAGUGUCUGUGUGUAUAACACGUACACACAUGUACAUGAACAUCAACACACUAGUCAGUAUUUCAGUGUAUUCACCCAUCAUGAAACACAGUAAUUACAUUAUUCAGUGUAUUCAUGCAUUGAAAUGCAUAGUGAUUACAUUAGUUUCCUAGGGCUGCUGGGACAAAGUACACAAACUCAUGGCUUAAAACAACAGACUGCAUUCUCUCAGUUCUGAAGGCCAGGACAUGCUCCUCCUGGCAAAAGCUCUGGGAGAUGAUCCUUUCUUCCUUGCCUCUUCCAGGUGCUCCUUGGAUUCUGGCUGCAUAAGUCCAGUCUCUACCUCUGUUUUCACAGAGCCUCUUCUCUUACCCGGGUGCCUCUCCUCUGUGUCUCAUGUAAGGACACAUUGGAUUUAGGGCCCAUCUGGGUAAUCCAGGGAGGUCUCAUUCCAAGAUCUUUAAAUGCAAAGACUCUUUCCAAGUAAGACUGCACUCACAAGCUCCAGGGCUUGGAACGUGGACACGCCUUACGGGAGCCACAAUUGAACCCAGUACAGUCACAUAGGACACCGUGGUCUUUAUUUCAUAGUGAGCUUGGAAAGACUUUCUUGUAUUCAUAGCAGGGGAUUCCCGGGGUUUAAGGAGCCCUGGUGGCACAGUGGUUAAAGCAAUCAACUACUAAUGGAAAGGCUGGCAGUUCGAAACCACCUGUGGCUCCUUGGGGGAAAGAUGUGGCAGUCUGCUUCCGUAGAUAUUUACAGCCUUGGAAAUCACAUGGAGUCACUAGGAUUCAGAACCGACUUGACUGCAGCAGGCUUGGUCGGGUGUGUGAAAGCAACGAUCAGGAAUUGACUCAAUCAACCACCUGUUAAACCAUCAAGUUAAAAAGGCAGAGGGUAUGCUGAUGGCUCCUAAAGUCCUGAGUCUGAGUCACUGUUCUAGAUUUAUAUAACAAAUAUCUCUUCAGUACCUACUAUGUGCUAAGCACUUUGGAAAAUAGGAUGGUGUGGGAGGGGAAUGAUAUAUCCAGCACUGUACCUGACUCAAAAGAAGUGAUGGCAGGCACAUGCUGAGGAAUAAAAAGGGUAAAAGAAGGGCAGGCUGGCACACACUGAGGAAUACGGAGGGUAAAAGAAGUGCAGGCUGGCACACAUGGAGGAACAAGGAGGGUAAAAGAAGUGCAGGCUGGCACACACGGAGGAACAAGGAGGUAAAAGAAGUGCAGGCUGGCACACACUGAGGAACAAGGAGGGUAAAAAAAGUGCAGACAGGCACACACUGAGGAAUAAGGAGGGUAAAACAAGUGCAGGCAGGCACACACUGAGGAACAAGGAGGGUAAAACAAGCGCAGGCUGGUACACACUGAGGAAUAGGGAGGGUAAAACAAGUGAUGGCACACAGAGGAUAAGGAGGGUAAAACAAGUGCAGGCUGGUACAUGCUGAGGACUAAGGAGGAUAAAAGAAGUGCAUACUGGCAGGGGUGAAACAGAAGGGGCUUCAAGCGCUCCAUGUGGACCAACUCGUGGGAAAUCUGGUACUGGAUACCUAGGAUAUUUGUUAGGAGUCACUGGGCAGUGCAAACCCUUAUGACUCUGCUACCAGUCAAAAUGUUGGUGAUCUGAACCCACCCAGAGGCACCUCAGAAGAAAGGUCUGGCAAUCUGUUUUCGAAAGGUCACAGCUUUGAAAAUCCUAUGGGGCAGUUCUAGUCUGCACAUGAGGGGUCACCCAUGAGAUGACAGCAGCUAAUGACAACAGGACAACAGGAUGAUAUCUGUUUACCUGUGUAAUGACCACCCCUUCUCCUUGUCUAUCUUUUUCAUCACCAUACUCCCAGGCCCUGGAACAAUGCUUGGCACCAAGUCUGUGCUCAGUAAACACUGGUUGAAUGAAAGAAUGGAUGUACCUCAGUCUCAGGAGGUAAGGAGCAGCUCUAUAGACCAGGAAGGUAUGGUUAUGGCAGGGACCAGAGGCAGAUCGUAAGGAAUCAUCGAGCAGACCCUCACCUGCUUGACCUGUGGAACAGAGGGCAAAUAAGGAAGGGCUGGAUUUCAGAGAGGGCAGGAGAGGGCUGGGAAGUAUUACGCAGGCUCUGACAAAAGGGGAUACCAAGGACGUGUCCUGCUUGGAGUUAGGCUGUGGGUCUCGGUCCUGGUGAAGGUCAGGAGCUCAGGUAAACCGUGCCUUGCUGCAGACUAAGGUCCUUGAUCCCCUGCCACCGCCUAAAUCCCACGAAAUUGUAUGGCAGAAAUUUGAAUCUGACUUUGCAACACUCAUGGACAUGUCUCAUCAUCCAGAAAUGGUCCCCGGGUGGCACAAAUUGUUAAGUGCUCAACUACUGGCCUAAAGGUUGGCUGUUUGAACUUACCCAGAGGCACCUCAGAAGAAAGUCCUGGCAAUCUACUACCAAAAUAAAUCAGCCACUGAAAACUCUGUGGAGCACUGUUUUACUCUACAACACACGGGGUCAUCAUGAGUUGGAAUCGACACAAAGACAAUUACUGUUUGUUUCAAAUCUAUCAUAAAUAUUUUAGGAAAUUUUUGUGAAACCGUGUUCCACUAUGGUAGCCCCCAGUGUGCAGGGAGGCCAUAAGCCCUGUGAAACAGAGCUGUUACAUGCUUUUUGCUUAACCUGUAAAAAACAAAAAAAAAACCCAUUGCCGUCGAGUCAAUUCUGACUCAUAGUGACCCUAUAGAACAGAGUAGAACUGCCCCAUAGGGUUUCCAAGGAGCUCCUGGUGGAUUCGAACUGCCGACCUUUUGGUGAGCAGCCAUAGCUCUCAACCACUAUGCCACCAGGGUUUCCAAAACCCACAGCCGUGGAGUCGAUUCCGACUCAUAGCAACCCUAUAGGACAGAGUAGAGCUGCCCCAUAGGGUUUCCAAGGAGUGGCUGGUGGAUUUGAACUCCCAACCUUUUGGCUGGCAGUUGUGGCUACACCACCAGCGUUUCCUAUAAAAGCCUACGGCACCUGGUAUUCCCAGGUGGCCCCCCAUCCAAGUACUAAUGAGGCCCGACCCUGCUUAGCUUCUGAGAUCAGACAAGAUCGGGCCCAUUCAGGGUGGUAUGGCCUUAGUGAGAUGUAAUUCACACACUGUAAAAUUCACCCUUUCCAAGUAUCCAAUUCAGUAAUUUUUUAGUAUACUCACAAAGUUGUGUAAGCAUCACAACUAUCUAAUUCCAGUAUAUUUUUAUCACUCCCCAAAGGAAAAAAAGCCACCAGUAGCCAUUAGUAGUCACCCCCCAAUCCUCCUCUCCCACCAGCCCCAGCACCCCCUAAUCUACUUUCUGUCUCUAUGGUUGCUGAGUCCAAUAUUUCACAUGAAUGAAGUGGCCUUUGGUUUCUGGCUUCUUUCACUUAGUAUAAUAUUUUCAAGUUCCAUCAUGUUGUAUCAUGAAUUAGUACUUCAUUCCUUUUUAUUGCCAAAUAAUAUUCCACGGUACGACUACACGACAUUUUGUAUAUUCAUUCGUUAGCUGAUGAACAUUUGGGCAUCACAUGCUUUUUCCAGGCUUAUUUCAUCUGGCCCUGUCCUGCCAGUUCCAUUUUCAGUGAAUCCUGAAGGCUGUGAAAUCCCCCUGUUGGGCUGGGGUCCAUGGGUGCUUUAGGGUGCAAGUAUCAACAUGGCAGACUGGUUUCCAAUCCUGCUUUCUUCAGGAACAUGAUUGGCAGACAGAUCUCUUGUGUGGCCAAGAGAAUGGGUACCUUGAUUUCAGGGCCCUGGAAGUAUUUCUUUGAUUCCGUUGGUAUGGAGUUAUCUACACUCUUGUCUGGCUGCAGCUACCCUGAAAGGAAAGCUCGGAAGGAGAGUAAUACUUGAGGUGUGUAUGGGUUUAUAGAAAACCCCCGUGAAAAUAUACACAAUCACCUACACAAGGCUUUGUGUCACAGUGGGGCUCUUGGGCUUGGUCUCUCCCAAGCACUGACUACAGUGAAUUUCUAUGUGGGAAGCCUGCUGAGUUUGGCCCAAGUGACAGAAACAGAUUUUGGGGGGUCUGACACGUGAAGGCUCACGCCUCUGAGACUGGCACGGGGAGGCUCCGUGUGGAGCGGGGCAUCUCUGACCAGACUGGGAGUGCAGAGCAGGAGGCGACGAACAAUGCUCCCAUUCUCACUCAGAGCUCUGUAGCAGCCUGUGUGCAUUUAUUCCCCGUGUCUACACCAUCAAAAAGUAUACUUGCUCACGUACUUACAGAGUGAAGCGUAUCAUGCUCCUUCUCAAUUUAAAGAGAGGAUGCAGAAGAAAGGACAUCCCAGAAUCGAAUUUUCUCGUUUCCUUAACCUGAGGCAAAACCAAAUUCCUGAAUUUAAACACUGAUGGUGACAGCAGCAUACUUUCUUUUUUAAUUAUUGUUAAAUUUCUCUCAUUAGGCAACUCUCUCAGGAAGCUGAGUGAUGGAGAAAGUGGUAGUGUCUGUGUUUGGGGGUGUAACUCUUUGCUCAUUAGCACUCCAGCUGCGGCUCAGGAUCCUACGGAAGGAGAGGGGUUGGAGGCAAACAGGUAAAGGGCGCAGUGGUACUGUCAGAUCUGUACAAAUUGUGCUUCCAGCCCCGCCACCCUUUCACAGGCUCUGGGAUACUCGGGCUGUUUGUGUAAUUACUUCUUGUAAAUGAGCUCCUUGGUCUGUAACACUUUCCAGUAAAGCACUUUCCUUUGCCAUCUGGUACCCAGUUGUUUUAACCCGGUUUCCAGCAUUUGCAUCAGUCAUUUACAAGAACCUUUUUAACCUUCGGAAAAUGAAAUAAUUGAAGUCUAUCCUUUCAACUUUGCAUGUGUUUCAGAAAGGCUUUGAAAUCAAGGAAUGGAGGGGCUGGGAAACAGGGGAGAUGAGGAGGAAAGGGCUUGGCCCUUCUCCCUCUGAGCUGGUAGAAACGGCUGUCUUGAGAGGAGUCUCAAGGCUGGGGUGGGUUAUCACCUUGGUUAUGGCUCAUCUUCAUGGAAAAACUUUUUCUUUCGAUUGAUGAUGAAAUGGAGAGGCUGAGAAGCUGGAAAAGGAGUGCCCCUCUUUUGAUCCCACUCUGAGGACCCUCCCUUGGCAUAACUGACAUCCACCCCCAUUUCUCCACUUACCUUCUCCCCCUCUGCUUGAACCACGAGCUCAAGGCUGCUCAGAAGAUGAGGAAACUGAAGAAAAAUCCCGAUAUGUGCAGCACGCACUUCUCUUCAGCAAUGAUGCAGGGGAUAGGCCGCUAGAUAAAAUGGGUGGAUUUUAUUUACAUUUUCCAAGCAGUCCAGAAAUAAAAUACUUUUGUUGUAGGUACGUGCAGUUCAAAUGAGUUUGGCACUCUAUCUGGCCACCUUGUGUCUUACUCGUGUCCAAUCCUAAUGACUACAGAUGGCAUAGAAGCUUCCAGAAGCCUAAGUAGAAGUAGAGGUAAGCUUUAAUUAAAAGUAAAAUAGCCAUUUUUCCUGAGAAAGCCCUUUUGAGGUGCCUGCAGUUGUUACUUAAAUCUUCAUCCCGUAAUGACUGCUAGCCCUUUGGGCAGUAGUUUAAAUUCACUUCUAACCAACAAACCCCAAUUUCCUUGGGUUGCUCUGAUUUUUCUGUAAUUAAUAACACUCAUACUCCCUAAAUAACUAGGAUGCCCAUAUUACUACCUAAAUAACUCCAUAACUGAAAGCUCUUUUUUUUUUUACAUUUAACAAAAGGUUUUCUUCAGGGUUUCAAAUUCAAAGUCUUUCCUAAGGAAAAGUCCCUGUUUUCUUUCAUGUUCCUGUCUUCUACUUCCUGUCUCCUGACUGUGGGUGAGAACUCUGCCUUGUGGGGGGAAGCGUGGGACAUAUUCAUGAGAAAAAAAAUAAUCUAUUAACCUGAAUAAAACUGGAUCCUCAUGACUCAUCUCAACAGGGAUAUGAAUCUACAAGAUUAGAUUCAUCCAACUCCAAGAAAGCUGAAAAGUGAUAUGAUUCUUUUUUCAGGCCUUCUUUGGGAAAGAGGGAAUUAUAACCACAUUGUCCAACUAGACUUCCUAAACAUCGUCUUUACAUAUCUCUUUCUCAUCCUGCUCCUUGUAAUGUCUGCUUCCCUCACUCCGCUCACUCCAGCUCCUCAGCCGUUCUCUCUUUCUACCCACCCUCCCCUCCCCUCUCUUCUUCGUUUCCACUAGUAACAAUCCAGCCUCAGCCACCUCUCCACCUCAGAUGACAAAAGUAUGGAGGCUGACCCAGCAGUUCAAGGGUCCCACCUCCUUAGGAGGCUGGGAUAUCGGCAGUGGUAGAGAGACUGACAGCCAAACGUUCUGUGACUUGGUGAAAAUGGAGCAGGGUCAAGACAAGGAUCUGAUCUCUGUGAGUGGCAGAAGCCCAACGGGAUGCUCACAGUCACUGGGCCAAGACACUUCGGGCCAUUUCUUCUUGUGUUUGAGACUUAGCUCAGAGUUGCCCCAGAGGUUGUCCAGGGCUGGGUGGCCUGUGCUAACCACAUUCUAUCAGGUGGGAGGUGAGUCCAGGUUUCCUAGGAAGCCCUGGCUUUCGACUUCUUCUUUGUUUCCUGCUUCUCAAUUUCUUUAUUUUAUUUCUCUUCCUGGCUUCUUUAAACCAUACAAGAAAGUAAAUCUCUUCACCUUAAGAGAAGCCAGGAUGCAAAAUGUUGGUGGGUUUGAGUAAAAGUUUUUGUUGUUGUUUUCUGGUAACAUAAUUGAACAAUGCUUUGCUGACAGUAUUCCCUGAUAGCAUCUCCUAAACCACAGAGGCAGAGGCUGAUUCUUAAGCUUGACACUGUGGCCAUCCAGGGACCAUGCCCUCUUGAGGGUUUUUCAACUCCCACAGCUGAAUACAGCUGUGGAGAAAGGGUACCUCCCUCUUAUCAGCUUGUCAAAGAGGGCCAUGACCCAAGACAGGUUUAAGUUGUUGCUGGCCCCCUGCCCAUGGGGACCCCACACACAGUGGAUGGAAAUGCUGCCCAGUCCUGUGCCAUCCCUAUAGUCAGCAAUCCAUACAAGUUAAAAACCAGGUUAAAAGCAUUUCAUUAGUUCUCAGUUUGAAACCCAUAAUCAGAAAAUGACCUGCUGCUGUCAACUGGUGUCCGUAGCUCUGGUAGCAAAGACUGUUCUAGCAAAACUUUUAUUGGAUGUAAUAUCUUUACUCAGCCAAGCAGCAAGUAUGUCACAGCCACUCACUCGAAGCAACUGCUUUCUAUGGGGUGGGGGUGCUGGCAGCUUGCCCACAAGGCACCUUCCUGCUACAGCCCAGGCUUGACCCCCUCCCCAUCAAGGAGGGCUAUCUGGCAUGAACAGGAGCCUGUGCUGAAGCUGAUGUCCAGGGUAAGCGGAGCGGGUCUGGAUUUUUACUGCUUGGUGUUCCAAGUCAACAAUUUGCUGAGAAAUAUUAAGUGUAACCAAAUAUUACAGGGAACACACUGUUCCUGCUAUAUUUCCAGAGCAUCCGAUCAGUGGGAAAAAUGAGAAGUAGAAAUAAACAGAGAAGACAGGGAACUGAGCAGGGAUUGGGCUCAAAGGAAAACUGAGACAAACAGGGGAAACGAUUUUCAGAGUAAAUACAGAUAACCAGGGAAAGAAAAGCCAGUGCUCAGCAGAGAAGAAAUGUCUGGCUGUCUCGACUGGUCUGGGCCAGGCCAGGGAGUGUGGUGGACGGUGCUGCGCAUCCUCGUCUGGGACCUGGGCUCUCAAUAAACCCAUCUGUCAGAGGCAAUGCCAGGAACAGGCGAGAUGAAACACAGUCAGGGGAAGGGGGUGAACCUCCGGGAGAAAACAACCCUGCAAAAUGGGAGCUGGUGAGCCACAGGCGGAGUGCCAGGCAGCCAUGUUGCCCUGCAGGAUUUGUUCUGAAGGAAGCCUGGGCUCAUGUAGGAAAUGGAUCUUCUCACUGAAGCAGACAUGGAGGGAAUGCACCCUUGAGGGUUGUCAGCCAAGGGUUCUCACAUGGGUUAGUGAGCUUUACCCCCAUCAGCACCUGGAAAACUAAGAAAGUGCAGGUCAUAAGGCCUGUGCCAUAGAGCAGGGUUUCUCAACCUCAGCGCUGUUGAAAUUUAGGGCCGAUCGCUCCUGGCUGUACGGGGUGUCCUGUGUACUGUAGGGUGCUGAACAGCAUGCCUGGCCUCUACCUAGCUCCCGCUAGCACCCCCCCCAACUCAAGCUGUGACAACCCAAAACGAGGAACAGAGGAACAGAGUCAUGGAGUCAUGUCUGGCUGAGAUGAAGAUACUAAAACCCAAAAAGUCAUUGUGGCACUCUGGGGUUGCCCAAGAGAUCAACAUAACUGCGACACUGUGAAGGUGUCAUGGCCUUUUACGUAACUUCAGUCUCAACUGAAGCUAAAGAGCUGUGUGGAGUCCAGUUUCAGGAGUCAGACUUCAGGGUUCGAACCUGGGCUCCACACUUCACUUGCUGUCUAUGUGAACUUGAACCACGUUACCCCAUCUCUUGGUGCCUCAGAGUCUUCAUCUCAGCUUUCGUGAUGACACUGCCCACCUUAUAGGGCACUGGGAGAGUUAAACAGCACAGACCAGGUGAAGGGCAUAGUACAGUCUUACCACUUACUGCCAAGUCAAUCGCAACUCAUGGCGACCACAUGUGUGUCAGAGUAGAACUGUGCUCCGUAGGGAGCGCAACUGGAAGUACAUCACAAGGCAUUUCUUCUGAGUCUCCUUUGGGUGGACUCAAACCUCCAACCUUUCAGUUAGCAGCUCCAGGGAGUUACACUGUAAAUUCUCAAUAACCGCUAGUUUUUGCCUCUCCCUACUACCUACUUUAUGCUCUAAUAAACUGCUUUUACUUUCCUUUGCUUAGAUGGUUCCCUCUGCCUGGAACACCCUUCCACAAAUCUCUUUAUGACUGACCCCUCCCCAUCCAUUGGGACACAGUUUAAGUUUCAUGUCAUGUGCACCUCCCAGCCUGGCUAUGGGCACCCACACUGUGUUCUUACAGCAGCCCCCAAAGCAUAAGGCUUACCACACCAGGUGUGUUGAAAUGUCUGUUUGUGACUGUCUUCCAAACUACACCUACUAUGACCAAGUUGGUCAGGGACCCUGUAUAAUCAAUUUAUAUAUGCCUCUGUGGCACUCAGUGAAGGGGUUGGGUGGCCUGCUGGUGGAGAGACCUUUAAAAGGAGAAAAGACUGAGGUGUCUGAGAACAGAGAUAAUGCUUAGAGAAUUCCUAAAGCUUGGUUUGAGGGCAGGAGUGCCAGGCUGGGGCCAUUGGAGAGCUUUGUACUCAUGCAACACCAAGGGAAAGCUCUCAAGUGUCUUGAGGCAGGGAGGGGAUGACUUGAUCAGAGCUAUGCCACAGGAGAUUAAACUGGGAGUAGUUUGCAUCUUUGGAUGGCACGAAUGAUUAACACUCGAUUAUUAGCCAAAAGUUUGGCAGUUUGAACCCACCCAGAGGUGCCUUGGAAGACCUUUUACAGUUGUGUUUGUAUCUUUGGUCUCCGUGCUUCCGAAAGGUUACAGCCUUGAAAACCCUGUGCAGCAGUUCUACUCUGCACGCACAGGGUCACCGUAAGUCGGAAACAACUCGAAGGCAACUGACAACAGUUUGUCAUCUAAACUGGACUAGAGUUCUGUAGUCAGGAAAAGAUUCAUUAAGCAACCACAGGCAAGAGGUCAUGGAGGCCAAAACUAUGAACACAACUGGAAAACGUCUUCAAGUUAAUAAAACCUUAGUAUCAAGGGGACUGUGACAAACUGUCACUGGCUGUUUUGGGAAGAUGAAAGAGAAGAGGCACCCUAAGAAGUGGUAUGAGUGUUUUGGGUUAUAAGAACACCGGUGAAGAUUAUUGCAUCGGGAGUGGGAUGUCUAAGAAAGUUCCAGAGUCUUCUCCGGAUAUCUUUAAAAACAGAGAUGAGCCUCCCCUGCCAGGGAAGGUUAAGUACCCUGAUUGAAGGAUGACUGGAGGGUAGUAGUGAUGGGAUGGCUGCAAGGCUUAAAACAGGUUCAUUCGUGUUCAAAACCCUGCUGAUAAUUUGUAUUUCCAUCCCAGAUACACUGAGUCAGAAUCUACAUUUUAACAAGCUCCCCAGGUAAUUCUUACGUAUAAUAAAUUUUGAGAACCUCUGCUCUUCUGGUGGUUCUCAGAAUUGGUCCCUAACCAGCAGCGUUAGCACUGCCUGGGAGCUUGUUAGAAAUGCAAGUUCUAAUGAGAGAUGCGAGUUCUAACGAGGGAUGCGAGUUCUAACGAGGGAUGCGAGUUCUAACGAGGGAUGCGAGUUCUAACGAGGGAUGCGAGUUCUAACCAGAGAUGCGAGUUCUAACCAGCUCCAAGCUCUGGAUGAAUGUCCCUGUAGUGUCCUUCUCCUGGGAAUCAUUUCCCACAAUUUUAAUUAGAAAUCCGAAAUAAUAUUCAGUCUUACUUUUAAGAAGAAAUAUUGAUAUAGAAACCCCUAUGGGUUUAUAAGGGGAAGAAGUUUGAGAACUGUUUGGGAAAGUAAGAUCCACUAUAAAACAAAGAAUAAUAUCAGACUCCAAGUGCAUUGCAUUAUUUUGGAAAGUUAUUGCUGGAUGCUGUCCAACCAAAAACCAAAUCAUAGUGACUCUAUAGGACAGAGUAGAACUGCCCCAUAGAGUUUCCUAGGCUGUAAUCUUUAUGGAAGCAGAUCACCAGGUCUUUCUCCUGCGUAGUGGCUGGUGGGUUCUAACUUCCAAUUUUUCAGUUAGCAGCCGAGUACUUAACCAUUGUGCCACCAAACCAAACCCAUUGUUGUCAAGUCGAUUUUGACUCAUAGUGACCCUAUAGGCCCGAGGAGAACUGCCUCAAAGGGUUUCCAAAGCUGUAAAUCUUUACGGAAGCAGACUGCCACAUCUUUCUCCCUCGGAGUGGCUGGAACUGCAAACCUUUUGGCUAGCAGCCAAGCGCUUUUACCACUGUGCCACCAGGGUUCCUCCUUUCAAAGUCGAGGGUUUAAAUACCUACUUACAUAUGCCCCAGCAUCAUGAAACACACUCUAGACAAAAGAGCUCAACUCAGUCUCUUCUCAAACCCCACACAGAAAAGUCUAGCACAAGCUUUCUAUAUGCCUGUCUUAAGUCAAGGGUCACAUUUCCACCUUUGAGUCUCAUAAAUAUUUGUAAUAUUAAAGAAUGCAGUUUUCUUACCUGGUGGGGCUUCAGAAGGCUGGGUCUGAAGCUGGGAUCAGAACCCAUCUUGGGUUGGCAUGCUGACAGAGGACCAGGCAGAAGGGCUUCCGCUCCAGACGUGGCCUCUGGCAUCAGCACAGAUUAAGGAAAGCCCCUGAGUAGCUGAAGAAGGAGAACAAAAGUAGAUCUCAAUUCCAGUGUCAAUGUUUACCACAUUCCCUCUCCAAGCUCAGCUGUGGUCUGGGCAGCCAGGAGCCGGGGUGAUCUCGGCAGAGCCUUGCAGGAGGGAGCAAAUGAGCUGCUGGCCUGGUGCUAGGCCCUUUGCCCUCACUUGGGCUUUCAGAAGGGAGCUGGUGUCUUGAAUAAUUGAUGCCUCCCUAAGUAAACAGUUGCAGAAAAUAGGAGGAGCCCCCUCCCCUCCCAUCACCACGAAGCAAAAAGAGAGUGAGGGAAGCACUCCUGACGGGAGAAAACCUCAACAGAAUGCUCACAGCAGGCCUAGGACCCGAAUGCCUCCACAUGUGGAGCUUCCUUUCCAGGUUCCCUCUGCGGUUGUUGUUGUGUGUAGUUGAGUUGAUUCCACCUCACAGUGACCCCAUUUGACAGAGAAGAACUGCCCCAUAGGAUUUUCUAAGCUGUAAACUUUCUGGGAGCAGAUUGCCAGGUCUUUUCUCCUGCAGCACGGCUGGUGAGUUUUAACGAGUGACCUUUUGGUUAGAAGCUGAGUGCUUAACCAUUGCAGGACUUCCUACACAGAGACCUCUUCAAAUUUGUUCCUGAAAGACUAUGACUCAUGGGCUAGAAGACACCACAGGUUAAGACAUUUUGAGCUAACAGAAAGAUAGAAGCGAGGGUAAUAUCUGCAAAUGAAUUGCAUUAAAAACCUUUAAGAAAGGAAAGGAACAAUAAAAAGGGAAAGGAACAAGCAAUGGCUUCCUUAUGGUGCCUGGUUAUACGAGCGAGGGCAGGAGGUCCUUGGGAAGAUCCUGGAGAAAUGGGCUGACGAGUAGAGGGCACGGAAAAGGAAAGGAUGAGUGAAGGAGGUGGACAGAAAAUGAUGUGACUCUACGUGGCGGCAGGUGACAAGAUGGGAAACUGCUGCCCAUAUUUAUCUUUACAAUUUCAGCCACUUCACAUUUUUAAAAUAAAACCUUUUACGUUUUAGAGCAGCUUUAGGUUUAUAGAAAAAUUGUGCAGGAAGUACAGAAUAUUCCCACGUAAUCUCUCCCCCCUGCACAGCUCCUCCUAUGAUUAUCAUCUUGCACCGACUUUAGUUAAUAACGCAUCAGGUUAGUCCUGCCUCCUCUGCUAUUCUGCACGCGGACAGGCUCCCACUUUGGAACUGAGUGUGGCUGUCUGUCUCACCCGCUAACAGGGUGCCCCUACCGAGCUCGUGAGCUCCUAGGGGAACCCACUUGUGGAACCGGAACCAUAGCGAAUUCAACACCGCACAACACACGCUCAGUUUCCAGCAGCCCCACAAGCACACAAGCCGGCGAACACGUCGGAGGCGCAGCCGUCUGUGACGUCACUUCCCAAGUCCCGCCCCCGGCCGCGCCUUCUAAAAUGUACUUCCGGCUCUGCCUUCCGUAACGUCCUUCCGGCUUCUUCGCUCUCUUUGACCUUUUCUCCGCCAUUUCGGUGUCGGCUACCUCAGUUAGUCCUCGCCAUGUCUUCUCAUAAGACUUUCAAGAUCAAGAGAUUCCUGGCCAAGAAACAAAAGCAGAAUCGCCCCAUUCCCCAGUGGAUUCAAAUGAAGACGGGUAAUAAAAUCAGGUACAACGCCAAGAGGAGACACUGGAGAAGAACCAAGCUGGGUCUGUAGUCGUAGACAUGAUGGCGCACAGAUUAACCCUUCUCUGACGAUUGCUAGUGUUUUACAGGGUCAAGUUGAAAAUUUCGCCAUGAUCUGUACCGUUGAACAUGUGUUGGAACAUGUGUUGGGAAAAUUCUCGUUUCUUCCUUUGCUCUUACGCUUCCGCAUUAAGAGAGUGAUUCCGUUAAUGUAUGAGACCUUUGCUUUGAACUGUUGAAUUCUGGUUUGUGGAGUACUCGUUUUACUCCUCUAUCCCCAACCUCGGCCAGAUGAUCUAACAGCACUGCUCAGGAGAACUUUCUUGCAAGGAUAAAAAAUGUUCUCAUUCUGGCCACCAAAGCGCUUGAAAUAUGGCUGGUAAGGUUGGGGAACCAAGUUUUAACGUUUAAUUGUGGUAGAAACUGUUAAGUGCUCAACUCUUAGCCUGAAGUUUGACGGUUGGAACCCACCCAUAAGUGCCUUGGAAGACAGACUGCGUGACUGCUUCUUAAAGGUCACAGCCUUGAAAAGUCUGGAGUACGGUUUUGCUCUGACACACAUGGGGUUGCCGUUGUGUCGGAAUCAACUGGAUGGAAACUAACAACAUGUGGCUAGUGGCCGCUGUGUUGGACUGCACACCUCUGCAACCCUCACUGAACAUAGCAUCUUGGUUGAUAAUCUGAUCAUUCCAUUAUGGAGGCGUGUAUCUGAGAGUGGCACGUUCUUAGAAGAGCUGGGGUGGUCUAAACCAGGGGUCCACAGACUCUGGUCAGCUGCCUAUGUUUGUAGAGCUUAUAUAACCUGUUAACUGAAGUUUCUGCAUUUUUAAAUGUUUGAAAUAAAUUUUUCCAUGUUAAAAAAAAAUAAUUUAUCAGUAUUAGUUUCUUAGUUAUUAACAGAAGUCUGUAGUAUACAUUAGGAUUCACUCUCUGUUUUACAGUUCUGUGAGUUUUGGCAAAUGCAUCUUGUGGCUUCUCUGUCUGCAGAGCAUACCUGUACCAGCAGAGCUUAUUUCUUUCCAAAUGUGCCUUCAACCAAUAUGCCAAAGAGCCUACUGUGUGCCAGGCAUACAGAGACUCACGAGCUGAGAUGAAUAAGCUGUGCUGAAGGAGUUCCCAGUCUAGUCCUAAGAGCAAUUGAGAAUAUAUGGCUGUUGCCUUAAGCAGUUCCAUUUACUUUGGGUAACGAGAGUUAAUUGAACACAUUUCACACUUGCCCACAGUGCUCACCAAGCCUUUGGAGGUUUCAGACCAUUGCUGCUGCCAAAUGCAGCCCACCAGGGACAGAUAUUAUGUUUAAAAGAAUAGUUUUGUAUUCCCUCAUAGAGCUGGUUAGGAAAUGAUACUCAAAGAAGUGGGAUUAUGCAAAUAAAAGUAAGAUGUUAAAUGAAGAGAAAGGGCAAAAACGUAUGAUUAAUCAUUUGUUUCUUCAACAAAUAUUGAAUACUCGUAUUUAAGUUAUUGAAUUAGAUGCUGACCUUGAGGGCUACCCAGUGCAGUUUUCAGAGCAGUAGGGAAGACCGGAAGUCAAAUACUGAGAACACAGCACAGUGUAUGCAAGCAGUAUGGAUAAUUAGCAGUCUGCUAAACACCAUGUAUGCAGGUGGUACAGAUGGCAGUGUGCUGAACACCGUGCGUGCAGGUGGUACAGACAGCAGUGUACUAAACACUGUGUAUGCAGGUGGUAUAGGUGACCAGCAGUGCGCUGAACACCAUGUAUAUAGGUGGUAUACCAGCAGUAUACUAAACACCAUGUAUGCAGGUGGUAUAGAUGAUCAGCAGGGUGCUAAACACUGUGUGUGCCGGUGGUAUAGCUAAUCAUGCAGUGAUACUUGUAGGAGACCCUGGGUGGCAUAAAUGGUUAGGGGCUCAACUGUCAACUGAAGGUUGGCAGUUCACACCCACCCAGAGGUGCCUUAGAAAAUAGGCCUGGUAAUCUGCUUACGAAAGGUCACAUUCUUGAAAACCCUGUGGAGUGCAGUUCUACUCUGCAACACGUGGGGCUGCCAUGAGUUGAAACUCAUUUGAUGGCACCCAGUAACUAGUAAAUGUUUCCAAGCAUGGGGGGAUUAUUUCUAUCUGGGACAAUCAGGGGACUUCACUGAGAAGGAGAUUAAAGCUGAGGGUCUUGAAGGAUAAGUGGGAUUUUGAAGGCAAAGAUAGGAGUGAGGAGCAUUCCAAGUGGAGAGAAGAGGGAUAGGAAAGUGGGAAGUGGGGUAGAGGGGCAGUCUGAACAGCAGGUGGGAAGUAGAGUAGGAGGACAAUCUGAAUAGCAUUGGGAAGUGGAGCAGGAGGACAAUCUGAACAGCAGGUGGGAAGUGGAACAGGAGGACAAUCUGAAUAGCAUUGGGAAGUGGAACAGGAGGACAAUCUGAACAGCAGGUGGGAAGUGGAACAGGAGGACAAUCUGAAUAGCAUUGGGAAGUGGAACAGGAGGACAAUCUGAACAGCAGGUGGGAAGUGGAAUAGGACAAUCUGAACAGCAGGUGGGAAGUAGAGUAGGAGGACAAUCUGAACAGCAGGUGGGACGUGGAACAGGAGGACAGUCUGAAUAGCAUUGGGAAGUGAUGUAGGACAAUCUGAACAGCAGGUGGGAAGUGGAAUAGGACAAUCUGAACAGCAGGUGGCAAGUGGAGUAGGAGGACAAUCUGAACAGCAGGUGGCAAGUGGAGUAGGAGGACAAUCUGAACAGCAGGUGGGAAGUGGAAUAGGCAGGACAGUCUGAAUAGCAUUGGGAAAACUAAGUCCAAUUUGCCUGACACCACCAAGAGGUGUCCCCAUCUCUCUAGGUCCACAACUCCCAACCUGGUCCACCUGGGCUCCCCCAUCAUCUCCUGACUGGACGCUGCCUGAGGUGAUUUAGUUAAUCCCCUGCUUCUGUUACUCUGUAUGGAGUCCUGAUGGCGCAGUCAUUAAGCGCUUGGCUACUAACUGAAAGGUCGGUAAUUUGAACCCAGCAGCUGCUCCUCGGGAGAAAGAUGUGGCAGUCUCCUUCUGUAAAGAUUGUUGUUGUUAGGUGCCGUCAAGUUAGUUCUAACUCAUAACAACCCUAUGUACAGCAGAACAAAACACUGCCAGGUCCUGCAGCAUCCUAACAAUCGUUACGCUUGAGCCCAUUAUUGCAGUCGCUGUGUCAGUCCAUCUUGUUGAAGGUCUUCCUCUUUUCUGCUGAUCCUCUCCUUUACCAAGCAUGAUGUCCUUCUCCAGGGACUGGUCCCUCCUGAUAACAUGUCCAAAGUAUGUGAGACAUAGUCUCACCACCCAUGCUUCUAAGGAGCAUUCUGGUUGUACUUCUUUCAAGAUGGAUUUGUUUGUUCUUUUGGGAGUCCAUGGCAUAUUCAGUAUUCUUCACCAUCAUCAUAACUCAAAGGCAUCAAUUCUUCUUCGGUCGUCCUUAU